GCAAAAACGCACGCGUUUUUUUACCUGUAUUGCUACUGCAAUUUGCAUAAAUAAAACUACGAAAUUCGGUCAUCAUAAUGGAUGUGAGCGAAAUUACUAAAGUUGCCAGCAGAAAGAGACUGAAUAUAGACGCUGAAAAACUUCGUGAAAAAGUUUCUCGUGAGACUGCGAAAAUCAUAAAAUUAAAGGUUGCGCAAGACACCGCAUAUUGGGACUUGAAAGAAAAGUUACAGCAGGUCGAAGGUAACCAUGAACGCUUGCAGCAAAACAUGGUGGAAGUGCAAAUGCAGCACGAAGCUAUCUCAGGCCAAUACCAAGAUGAAAUCAGACUCCGUCCUGAUACCCUAAACAAACUUAGCAGCACCCGUGACAUCUGUGAUGUUCUAGAGGAAUACAGUGAGCGUCUGAAGGACACGCUGUCGCGCUGUAAGAGUGACCAGGCAAGCCUCUGCGACGCGUACCAAAAGUCGGGUCGGUUCGUGCGCGAUAUUAAGAUAGACUGCGAAUCGAAACAGGCGAAGCACCAACAACAUUUAACCUAUUUACAAGAAAAAGCCACUGAAUCAACUAAACAUUAUGAUAUGAUGAUACACCACUUGACUAAGUCAAAGGAAAAGGCCGAUUCUGAUCUCGAUGCCGCUAAAAAAACCUUGGACGCAAUGCUGGUGGAGAAAGAAGACCUGUGUAAUACCAUCAUGCAGAUGCGAUACGAGAUUGGCCAACUCAAGCAAGAUAACGCAGUGAAAGAUGAACGAAUGGGAAACAUUGAUAAAGAGAAUCGACGUUUGUUGGAUGAGAAAAAUGAAGCUUUGUGCAAGUUGAAGAAUCAGAUCGAACAAAAAGAAAACGAGCUUCGACAAUGCUCACAACUUAUAAGUGAUCUUCGCACCACGGUGACCAACCAAGAACAGUUCGCUACGUCGCUGCGCGACGAAAACGACAAGUUGCACGGCGAAGUUGUCACUUUGCAGGGAUCGGUCGAAAGUGCUGAAGAUACACAAAGAGAACUAUUGGCUACUAUUACGAAAUUGAACAAAGAGAAUGAAGAGUUUGUGCAGAAUAUAUCAAAUUUGUCGAAUUGCAAUCAAGAAUUGAUAAAGAAGAAUUCUGAAAUCGAAUCGCGAGCAACUGAAGACAAGGAUCAGUUAAAGAGUGAGAUUACUGAUCUGAGAAAAGAAAAGCAUCAAUUAAAUUUCGACCUCGUGAAUUCGAAACUUCAAUGCUCAAACCAGGCGACCGAGAUCAAAGAAUUGCUAAGUAGUUGCCAUAAUCUGAAGGCUGAGGUUAAUAACAUAACGACCACUUUCGAGGAUUACAAGCGUCACAACGAGAAAGUUGUUCUCGAUAUGAAAAUUCAAAUAGAACAAAAGGAAAAGGAGGUAACCACGAAAGCGCACACCAUCGCGCAACUCAUGUGCGAAGUCGGCACGGCCGGGGAAACAGCCGCGAGGCUCGAGGCUGCCUUGCAGAAGAUUAGAGAAGAGUCCGAAUUGGAACGACAAGCUGCUACUGAGAAAGAAGGAGUUCAUAAAAGACAGCUCGAGACAAUCCAAGGUCAAAUUGCUGAAAAAGAAAAUGAAUUAACUAAACAGAUGAACAUCAUUCUGGACAUGAGAAGCGAGAAGGACCGUCUUCAAGAGAAGAUCCAAAACAUGCAGAGCAAGAUAGAUAACAUCCAAAAAGAGCUGUCUGGGCCUCAACCUCGCGUGGCAAUGGGUGACGCCCCCGAACUCGAUGACAACGCUGUGGCCUUCGCUCCUACCCCCCGAGCCCAUGCCAAAACUAAUAUUAAGCAGCCCCUACCCGCAAUGAACUCUCCGGUGCUGAAGGUGCAGAAGAAGCACAAGAACGCCGACAACGGCAAGCUGGACAGCAUCCUGUUCAGCAUGUUUAGCGACACCAGUAUGGAUGAGGACAGCAAUAUGAUUGACCGUCACGAAGUGGAUCGGCGCUUCGAGGCGCUGGCGCGCGGGGAGCCCCUGCCCCCCGCCUCCAUCAGCUCGCUCAGGCGACGCAAGCUGCCCGCCGGACUCAGGGUCAACGACGAUGAAGACUUGUCUUUGUCGCAAAUAAAGAAGAAUAUAAAAGGCAAUGAACCCAGGAAAUUUUUCAAAAAUAUGCGCCCCGGUAGUAAGAAGUAGCCGUAAUGAUCAACUUUUGGAUAUCUAUGUCAUAAGCACAACCAAUUUAAAUUUAUUCCUUGUUAAUGAUUGUUAUAAGAAGUAUC